AUGGUUAUGGAAGCGAAUCCCAUUACUGAAAAACGAGCAGACGAUCGCGUCCACGCUAUACGUACGCGAGGUGGUGGCGAUGUGAUUCCAGAACGUUCCGUGGGAACCUUGGACCUAAAUAUGUCAUUCACACCAUCGAAUCUCGUCUUGACCCCGGCACCUGAAUUGUCAACUCUAGGUCGGAAGCUAUCUCGUGGUAUAUCUCGAGCCACUGACAACGAGGGUCUCGUGUGGGCAUUAAGAAGCAACACAGAACCUCAACCAAACACCUUAUCUUCAGACCAUAUUUUAUUAUUGCCAGAUAUAUCCGUCUACCCCCCAGAUUUUAGAAUAUUCAUCGAAAAGGAUCUCCUAGAGACAGCUACUCUAGUUACGUUAGAGUCUGCUAAUAUACUCAAUUGGUGGCGCCACGGUCGAGUCCCGGGCGCCCCACGGUUGCUACCCCUGGCCACGUCAGGUGACGGAAACUGUCUCCCGCACGCGGCUUCGCUCGCAGCGUACGGCUUCCAUGACAGAUUACUGGCUUUAAGGACCAAAGUCCAGGCUCUGUUGUCUGGGGAAUGCGGCGAUGUACUUACUAAGGCUAUAAAACGUCGUUGGCGCUGGUCGGAGAGCAUCUGUCUACGGACAGCAGGGUUGACACCUUCGGAGGCGGAGUGGGAGCGAGAGUGGCAGGAUUCUAUAGUGGCAGCGUCCGCUGAACCAAGGCCGCACCAACCCUCGGCUGCUCCACACUACGCUGGCUUGGAACAGCUCCACGUGUUCGCGCUGGCUCAUGUCAUGAAACGACCGGUUAUCGUGUUCGCGGACGUCGCGUUGAGAGAUUUCAGAGGCGACCCAAUAGCACCUAUUCCAUUCGGUGGUAUCUAUCUACCUUUGGAACUUCAACCCGAAGUAUGCAGUAAAGCGCCGAUACUCCUGGCUUAUGACGCCGGUCACUUCUCAGCGCUCGUACCAUGCGAGCCUCUCCCCACAGAUGGCGCUAGAGUACCCUUGGAGGAUCGCAUCGGAAACCCAAUGCCUAUACGGUUUAAUGUAGACCCGGGCGAGGAUUUCCGGUGGGAUAUUGAACCGGAACAAAAGACUAUCAAUAACUUGCUCCCAGACGAAUACCAACGAUCAGCCAUGUUGUCUGCUUAUUUGGACUUGGAGAGAGUUGAAUGUCUAUCUCAGGGUCAACCUUCAGAGGAGUUGAGAAGAUCCCUUGACGCGUUGUCGACUAAGAGCUCCAAGCAGUUGAACUCCGUCGCCAAACAAUUUGGCAGCAUUGGAAGAUCAAUGAGCAGCAAGUUGAAGAGCUUCGGAUCUAUGGCCAAGUUGACGAAGACCGGAAGCCAGUCGAACCCAGAAGACGGUCUCAUGAGACGGCAGUCUACUUGUGAGGUCUUGUGUUGUAGAGUACUAGCGGCUAGAGCGCCCGUACAGGAAGAAAUGGUUAAGAAUUAUCUGAAUGAAGCUUGGAUUGGAUAUACAGCAGAGAAAAAUAGGAAAGAAGAUUCCCAAGCUCCAGCGAAACCUCGUUACGGUACAGGCCGGUCGCAGUUCUACGCGGAGGCUGAUAGGAACGCUCACGAAAACGCAAGGACAUUGACCUCUAAAUCAGCAAAACCCGCCCAAGAUCGAACCUUGUACCUCUCAAAAUCAACUUUCUAUGACGACCGCCCUCCCUCACCCAAACCUUGCAAGGCUCCUCUCUGUAUGUACUACGGGAGCCCCGAAAAUAAUGACUACUGUUCUCGCUGCAGUAAACUACAAUGA